UCCGCGCGGUGGCACAGCCAUGACGUCCUGUUGGAGCGGCUGUUUGAAUUUCCUGAAUGGACAAAGCUCCAAGCAUGGGCAAGUCGUGGAGGAAAUGGACCUCUGCCGUGAGGAUUUCGAGGAGAUUGUGACUUUUCUGACGUCCGUGCCCCUUUUCAAGAACCAACUCCCACGCUCUGAACUGCCGAAGGUGGCCAUGAAGCUGAAACGCAAGGAGUGGCGCCCAGGGCAGGAGAUCGUCAAGCAGGGCGACGUAGGCAAAGCCUUCUACCUGAUCAUGUCCGGCGAGGCGGCCGUGCUGACCUCCAAGUCCGAGGAGCUCAAAGCCUCCACCCGAGCGGUGCUCAGGAAGGGCGACUACUUCGGUGGCCGUUCCCUGGUGGAGGAACGCAACAAUGUGGCAACCAUCAAGCCGACGGGCAAGGACACUUGCGUCACAUUGUCCAUGUCGCGCAAAGCGUUCCAUGAUUCAGGCAUCUCCCAGCACCUGCGCUUCCCGAAGCGCGCGGCCAUCCACAAUGAGCUGCCGGCGGCGUCAUGGAAAGCGGAGGUGGUCAGCCAUCCGAAGAGCAUGGAGGAAACCAACUUCAUCGCCAAUGCGGUGCGUCGCAACACCAACUUGCGCGCGCUGCUGCACAUGACCGAGGAGCAGCUCUGCAUGGUCGCCGCCUCUGCAGAACGAAUGGAGAUCAAAAAGAAUGAGGAGGCCGCCUACUUCGGUGAGGUGGGAGACAAGUUCUUCAUCAUCCGUGAGGGAAACUUUGAAGUGGUUCUCGGCAACGAGUCCUACCACGCCUCCGCGGAGGAACGCGUGGCCUUCUCCUCCAUGGCGGAACGGCUGAUGCGGAAGCAGCACUUCCUUGCGACGCUGUCCCAGCCCAGUUUGUGCAACUACGGACCCUACGGACGGACCACCAGCUUUUUGUUUGAGUCGAAAGGCACCGAGGAGGAUUUGCCCAGCGGGACACUUUUCUCGCGUCACGUGAGUGGGCCAUCGGAGGCGAUGCGGCCCACCAUCACAUCUCCCUUGUUGCCGCGACCUCGCCAAGAAGGCCGGCUCGGUGUCGGGACUCAAUCCUACACCCUGGGGGGCGGCUUUGGACGGAUUGGCAAAAUUCAGGAGUCCGAACGUGCUGGCGAUGAGAGCGACAAGGAGAGCACGGCCAGCACCUCCCAUAGUCAGCACGACAUCCUGGGGCCGGGAGACAGCUUUGGCGAGCUCGCCUUGCUGUACAACAUGCGCCGCGAAGCCACCUUCCGCGCCAUGGAAGACUCGGUGGUCUACGCCGUGCCGCGCCGCGCCUGGGAGAGCUGCUUCACACGCUGCGGGCAGCGCUUCGAUGAGUACUGCAAGCUCUUAGACGAGGUGCAUGCCUUGGAGCCGCUGCUCUCGUCGGAGCGCUACGAGUUGGCCUGCAACGCCUCAGGAUUUCCAGUGAACUCGGAAUGGAAGGUCUUGAAAGAGCGCUUCUUUGCCGGCGAACCGGUGGAUCCGGUCUUUGAGGGCAUCGUCAAAGACUUCAUUGCCUUCGACGUGACCUUGCAGGACGUCUUCAAAAAGGUGGAGAUCUUCAUGCACGGCGUGGACAGUUUGUCCGAGGGCUUGACCGCCUUGGCGGAGAGCACCACCACGGGGCUCAGCGCGGUGGAUGAUCAGCUCAUCAAGGCGGAUUGCUGCAAGAUGAAGGAGGCCACCAACAGCAUCACCCGUGCGGAUGCGCCGCAUUCGGCCAUUGCCAAGUUGAGACGGGACAUGGACUUCAACAUCAUGAACCCAUUGAGGUCCCACAUUGUGAACAAUCGGAAUAUGAAGGGCCAUUUGGACAAACGCCGCCGAAGGCUCUUGGAGCUGAACAUCGCCAAGCGGGAAAUGGAUGAGUGCACCAAAAAGAAUCUGAAUCAGACGGACCGAAGGUAUUUGUCCGCACAGAGUCAGCUGGAUUCAGCCAAGAUGGCGUUUCAUGAGGUGGACAAGCACAUCUUCGAAUGGUUGUACAUUCUGGAAGAGUACAAGGGAGACAUCUUGGACAGCUGCCUUCAGACCCUGAAGUACCUGCAGUACGAGUUCUUCGCCACCUCAGCGCACGCCAUCAGCGGCGUGCUGCCCGUGCGCAUGGAGUUUCGACCCAUGGUGGAGAUGACGCCCGAACACCUGGAGGCUCAGGUGGAGAUGGCUCUGCAGGAGGCGGACGAGGCCAACGAUGGCAGCGCUUCGCCCGCGGUGGUCACGGACUUCUCGGCGCGGCUCAUCGAGAAGUUGGCCAAGGAUAACAAGAACAAACCCGGCGAAGGUUUAGACUCCGCUGCCGGCGAGUCGCCCGCGGUGCCGGUGGAUCCCUUGUCGUUUUCCUCGCUGCUGUCGCAGGGCUUUGACGAAGGUCCGGCACGGCAAGCCUUGAGGAAGUUUAAGAACAACACUCAGGCGGCCUUAGACUUCCUCAUUGGCGGAGGUGGUGAAGAGGAGCAGGAGGAGGUGCGCAUGCCCACCACGGUGCCGCGGGUCCAGCGGUUGAAGGAACGGCGACGGGCGCAGGCGCAGCAACGACGCAAGGAGGAAGAGCGGCGCCGCUCCAACAGCGAUGCCACGCCUGCGCCGGCGUCGCCCAAGGAGGCCGUCGAGAGCAAACCGGGCAAAGCUCCAGAGCCGAUGGCAGAUUUGCUGGAUUUCAACCACCAGGAGCAAAAGCCUGCCGCUCCCAGCAGUGGCGACAUGUUGGACCUGAUGGGCGACACCUCCCCUCCGAAAGCGGCAGCGUCCAGUUCGAUCGGACCGGGCGCGGAACUGUUGGACUUGGUGGGGGAGCCACCGCCACCCACAGAUUUCUCCAAGCAGAUUGACACCUUACCACUUCCCGAACAGAUGAGCCUAGACCUCUCCAAGUGUGAGAAGGGUCCGUUGCCAACGCCUGCGGCGCCUGCGGCCAGCGCGAGUGGUUGGGGGACGAUCGCAGCGGUUCAGCCGUUGCCAGGCUUCGUUCACUUUAAGCCGGGCGAGCGCGUGAUCAUCCAGGGCAAGGUCAGAAGAGCCAGGCAAUGGUAUGUGAUCUACGCAGGGACGGCCGUCAUGAAGUUGGACUCGGAAGGGAAUCCCACGAAGGAACUGGCCGAGGUGCGACGUCCGGGAUGCUUUGGGGAACGCUCCCUGCUGCGAGGCGAUGCCGCGUACGACGUGAACGUGGACGCCGGGCCGGAGGGCAUGACCUGUCUGACCUUCAACGGUGAGACCAUCCGCAUGCUGCUGAUGAGGAUCUACACCGAGUCGCCCGGAUUCAUCCCUGACAUUCACGCCAAUAUCGAGGAAUGGUGCCAGCUUAAAGCCAGGACUUACGACGCGGAUCUGGACAGCCCCUGCCAUUCGAUGGAUUUGUCCACGGGCUUGUCGCAGAUUCAAACCUCUGCAGGCAGCAAGAAGACGAACCUCGAAAAUUUGAGCAAAUUGCAAUUGCUGGGUCGGGGUGCUUACGGCGAAGUGACUCUCGUGGAGGACAUGGUCCGCAAGCGGCGCUAUGCCCUGAAGGCCAUGUCCAAGGGCUACUUGCAACGCAAGGGAGUGGUGCGACAGAUCCGCUGGGAGCGCGAGCUGCUGUCCAUGGUGGAUAGUCCCUUUGUCAUCAAACUGCACCGCACGCUCCAAGACGAUCAGCACAUUUUUUUCCUCAUGGAGGCGGCCUUGGGUGGCAAUCUCAUGGAGCUUCUGCAUACGCACUCGGAGGUUUUUUUGGAGGACCGUCCCCGCGGCUCCGCGUGUGCCUUCUACGUGGCCUGCCUCGUAGCGGCGCUGGAGCAUCUACACGAGCGCUGCAUCGUGCACCGCCGCUGGGCACCGUGCACGGGCCGUUGA